UGACAACAUCUCCAGAGGAGCUGCUGAUCUGUGAACCGAGCUGGGACAUUUUCUCUGUUUUCUUCUCAUCAUGGAUUCUUCUAAAGUGGUCUGCUCUCCAUCGACGGUCCAAGCACAUCCGGGUCAGGACGUGGUUCUGUCAUGUCGAGUAGAACCUCCAUUUGACUUGACGCAUGAGACCUUGGAAUGGAAACAUGGCAAAGAGGAUGUUCACCGGUAUCCAAGUUUGUGGGACUACCUAGACCAUCAAGACUCGAGGUUCUUUAACAGGACCUCUUUGAUCACCGAGUACCUGAAGGAUGGAAUCGCUUCCCUCACACUGACCAACUUCACCAACCAGGAUGAAGGAAACUACUCCUUCUGUCUUCCUGAGCUGCUCAGUUGUUCUGACGUCACCCUGACGGAGAAUUCUUCUAAAGUGGUCUGCUCUCCAUCGACGGUCCAAGCACAUCCGGGUCAGGACGUGGUUCUGUCAUGUCGAGUAGAACCUCCAUUUGACUUGACGCAUGAGACCUUGGAAUGGAAACAUGGCAAAGAGGAUGUUCACCGGUAUCCAAGUUUGUGGGACUACCUAGACCAUCAAGACUCGAGGUUCUUUAACAGGACCUCUUUGAUCACCGAGUACCUGAAGGAUGGAAUCGCUUCCCUCACACUGACCAACUUCACCAACCAGGAUGAAGGAAACUACUCCUUCUGUCUUCCUGAGCUGCUCAGUUGUUCUGACGUCACCCUGACGGAGAAUUCUUCUAAAGUGGUCUGCUCUCCAUCGACGGUCCAAGCACAUCCGGGUCAGGACGUGGUUCUGUCAUGUCGAGUAGAACCUCCAUUUGACUUGACGCGUGAGACCUUGGAAUGGAAACAUGGAACAACUGGUUUCAUGCACGUGUAUCGAAGUGGGAGGGACAACUAUGACGAACAAGACGAGAGGUUCAAGAACAGGACCAUCCUCAACCACCAGAACCUGAAGGAUGGAAACGUUUCCCUCACACUGACCAACUUCACCAUGAAGGAUGAAGGAAACUACACCUUCUGUCUUCGUACGCAGACGCCGUUCAUGUGUUCUGAUGUCACCCUGACAAAGAUUCUACAGAUGGACAAUGAGACACACAACCAUCUAGAUUCUUCUAAAGUGGUCUGCUUUCCAUCGAUUGUCCAAGCAUUUCUGGGUCAGGACGUGGUUCUGUCAUGUCGAGUUAAACCUCCAUUUGACUUGACGCAUGAGACCUUGGAAUGGAAACAUGGAACAGAGGAUGUUCACCGGUAUCCAAGUUUGUGGGACUACCUAGACCAUCAAGACUCGAGGUUCUUCAACAGGACCUCUUUGAUCACAGAGUACCUUAAGGAUGGAAUCGCUUCCCUCACACUGACCAACUUCACCAACCAGGAUGAAGGAAACUACUCCUUCUGUCUUCCUGAGCUGCUCAGUUGUUCUGACGUCACCCUGACGGAGAGAUCUGAUCUGAGUUUUGGUGACUACUCUGCCAUAGUUGGAGGUGUUUUUGGUGUUGUUGCUGGGGUGAUCCUGGCGUUUUUACGUUUUUGGAGAACUGAUCACCAACCAAACUCUGCUUCCAUCCCUCUGAGGAGCCCAGAGGACCCAGCUGAGAUUUGAACAUCACUAAGGAGGAAAGGAUGUUAACCACUACACCAAAGAGUAUCCCAGCUCAUACAGAGUAAAAACCUCGUCUUUGGUGGAUCAAUGUCUCUAAACCCUUCCAAACUUGUGUCCAAAAGAACCACAAAAGUUUAACUUAGCUCCUGGAUGAAGCCGUUAAAUCUUUGAUGUUGUAACAUUGUGAAAAACAGUGUAUCAGCGAAAAAAAGUCAAGAUGGCAGCAAAAAUUCUCACUUUAUCAAUAAUGACCAUCAACCUCAUGAAGUCCGAUUGGACGACUUCUGUCUCAAAUUGUGCAGAAAUGAAACAGAAGCUGCACAACCCAGUGGUCACAAUCACCAAAAGGAGGUAAAGGUACAACACUAAUAGACUGAAUCCUUGGUUCAGUCCCCCAGGGCAAAGUGAUGACCUCUUCAUUAAAGGACCUGUCCCAAAACCCAUUUGACGGUUACAACGUCCAGAAUCUCAGCUGACAUUCCUACUUAGGAAUGUGGCUGCAUCUCUUGCUAUUGCUAAUGCAUUCGUCCCAACAGCCCUUAUGGGUUGGGAUGGACUGUCUGUGGGGAAAAAAUGGUCCAACAGGUACGCCCAAAGUAUCAGUACCGCUCGGACAGUGAACAUUUUUACGACACGUCAGGGUGAAGUAGGUGAGAUGCAGGCGUAUUGUACUGAUUUUUCUGCUUAUCAACACCCAAAUCUUGCGCAGGGAGCAGGUUAGUGCCGUUCACGUGAUUCUAACCUCACUGUUAGAAAUGAGGAAAUUGGACGAUGUAAACAUCCUACGAGCACUUACAUAUCACGUGCACGUGCGUGUGGGAUUUGCAUGCAGUCAGUAAGGAGUCAGUACUCUUAACUCACUAACGACUAGAGUGUGUGUAAGGACACGGUAGGACAUCAUCACCUGUACGUCAUAAAUGCGUUCAAAUUCCAUUAACCUUACGAAUACUUCACGAUACACUUACUACACCCACAACAAUGGUACGUUCCAUUUUCAUGAGGUCCCUUGAUGUGGACGUACAAGCCUCAAGGUAACUGUACAACACACCUGUACUCCCCUGAAGAUUCAGCCACUCCUCUCCCUGACCCUCCACGGACCCGGACACUUAAACUAAACUGGUCAUCUCUGCCCUUAGACCCACCUUCUCAGUAAGGAAAAACAGUGUUGGUGAGGCUUUUUGGUUGAAAAGUGGAACAAAUAGCCGGAAAAGGAACAUUGGGAGGAAUCAAACUUGAAGACGUGUUCAAGUUUUUAUAUAGAGCCCAAUAUUAAAACAAUUGUCGUCUCAAUGGGCUUCAUGUCGGUAAUUGUAUAAAAACACAAAGUCAUAAAUUUCAACAGGUAAUUGCUAAGCUAAACGAAGCAAACUAAGCUAAACUGGGCACCCCUGCCCAAAGACCCUCCUUCUUGGUAAGGAAAACAGGGUUGAUAUUAUUGGUUUUCUGGUCUCUUUCGGCUCCAUUUCUGUUUUCGUAAUGACUCAACAGCCAAACAGCCAAAUGGGAACAAAUACCAAAAAAAGCUUUUUUUAUUAGACAGGUAUUGACUGGUUUUUCAGUCAAACUUGUCAAAAAGUGAAAAUCAUCAAUCCGUUGGUAUCAACUUAGACUACGGUCACAUAUCCCAAAACGCUACCGUGCGGCACCUUAAAUGCAAGUUUUGUUAUUGGGAGGCAGCAGUCGUAUUUCUACAUGCCGUUUUAAGUAAAAUUUUAGAAAAAGCUUGUUUUUACUCAGCUGAAUGAUUUUAUUAAUGAAAACAACACCGUUUCAGUCUGGUUUUAGAUCUCACCACUCAACAGAGAUGGUACUUGUCAGGGUCUUAAAUGGUCUCAGGUCCAAUACUGACACGAAGAAAGUAUCUGUUUUAGUCUUACUGGACCUGAGUGCAGCCUUUGACACAGUUGACCACUUUAUCCUUUAAAACAGACUUCCCCACAUGGUUGGAAUUACUGGGUCAGCUUUGAAAUUGGUUUAAAUCCUACCUCACAGAUGGAGAUUUCAUUGUUAAUUUAAAUGACUUUUCAUCUGGGAGGCACAAACUGACAUGUGAGGUGCCCCAAGGCUCUAUCCUUGGUCUUUACAUGCUUCCUCUUGGUGAUGUCAUCAGGAGACACAGCAUUAACUUCCAUAGCUAUGCUGAUGACACUCAACUGUAUGUAGCUGUGUCUCCUGAUGAUAUUGAACCCAUGAAUAGAGUUCUAAACUGUAUUUUAGAUAUUAAAAUGUGGAUGGGAGAGAACUUUUUGCUGCUCAACCAAGACAAAACUGAAGUCUUGGUAAUUGGAUCUGAGGCUGAGAGAGAUAGGGCUCCAUUUUAUCUGUCAACCAAUUCUAUGACCACAUGUGAUACAGUAAGGAACCUCUGUGUGAUUCUAGAUCAGUGGUUCUUAACCUUGUUGGAGCUACCGAACCCCACCAGUUUAACAUGCGCAUUCACCGAACCCUACUUCAGUGUAAAAUAAAAUGAUUUUGUUUUCCAAAUUCAAGACAUAUAGUUUUUCUACUGGUGCACAAAUUGAACCGUGCAGAACAAAACCAACAUUGUGCAUGAACUAACAACAUAUGACAUACCUGCAUAUCAGUGUGACUUCUGCUGUUGCCUUUGAGAGACCAGUUCAGAUAUGCGUGGCUUCACCUUGGCAAGUGCUACUCUCAUGUCAUUUUCAGGGCAAAGUCUGUUCCUUUUCUUUGUUUUUAUGUCCAGCAUCCUCGAAAAGGAUUGCUCAUAACUCCCAUCCCGUUCUGUGAUACAUGAGAAUUCAUAUUGUACAUAUUUGUCUGACCACUUUCUUUUUUUGCUCGACAUAGUUUGUAUGGAUUAAAAUAUGAAGAAAGUAAUUACACGAUGUACUUCGACAACAUUCACACGUUGAAUCACUCCUGAGUGCGCUUAAUUCCUAGCAGCACUGAUUGGCCAAGCAAUGUCACAUGAUCAUUUGACCCCAAGUGAUGGCAAAGCGGGGCAUACCAUUGCAUACAGACAUGAUGAGUCGGUGUGUCUUAACCUCCGCAGCAGAGGCUCCACCGAACCCCUGAGACCGACUCACCGAACCCCUAGGGUUCGAUCGAACCCAGGUUAAGAACCACUGUUGUAGAUGCAGAUCUGAGCGUUGACCAACAUGUGAACCAAGUAACUAAAUCUGCAUUUUACCAGCUGAGGAAUAUCUGAGUGAGACUCUUUCUCUCUAGAGCCAGUGCUGAAAUCUUAAUCCAUGCUUUUAUCACAUCAAGGAUAGAUUACUGUAAUGCCCUUUCUGGUGUAAAUAAAACCACUCUCAAUCGCCUGCAGCUAGUCCAGAACUCUGCUGCCCGCCUUUUAACGAGAACCAGGAAGAGGGAGCACAUUACACCAAUCUUUAAAUCUCUGCCUUGGCUCCCUGUUUGCUUCAGGAUUGAUUUCAAGAUUCUUUUAAUAGUUUAUAAGAGUGUUAAUGGUGUUGGUCCUUCUUUUAUAUCCGACUUGCUUUUAACUUAUGAACCUCCCAGAGCCCUUAGGUAUUCAGGUGCAGGCCUGCUGAAGGCCCCCAUGGUCAGGACAAAAAACCAAGGCGAGGCCUCGUUUAGAAACUAUGGACCUCGUCUGUGGAACAGCCUACCUGAGGAUGUGAGGGCCUCAUCCACUGUAGAGGUUUUUUAAAAAGAAAUUAAAGACACACCUGUUUAAUUCAGCUUUUAAUUAAAUUUCAUAUUAUAUCUUUUCUAAGCUAGAAUUUAUUUUAACUCUAAUGGAUGCUUAUCAUUAUGAUCAGGUUCAGUACUCUAUUUUACUAUUACUGUAUUUUAUGAUAUUUUAUCUGAUACAUAUUUGUUUAAUCUAGAAUUUUUACUCAUAUUUUUAUGUUUCAUGAUAUUUUAUCACAUACUUAUUUGUUUAAUGUCUUUUAACCAUGUUAGACUGUUCGCAAGUGUUUUUCUCACCCUUAGCUGGGGUGUUUGUGUCUAUGCUGACACCACGGCCAACAGGAGGACAGGGUAGAUGGCGGCUUCUGGGUUAUCUCUUCUUAAGGUUUCUACUUAUUCAUUUCUCUUUUGUAUUUGUUUUGGUGUAUUUUAUUGUGCAGGGCUGAUUUAAUAAUUUUAUUGCAUGAAUAGGGAUUGGUGUUUUCUGUUUGUUUUAUGCACAGCACCUUGAGCUGUUCUUUUUUUUUGGAUGAAAGGUGCUGUAUAAAUAUAAUUAAUUUGAUUUUGAAUUUGAAUUUAAAAGAGUUCAAAUUUGGACCCUUUUUCUUUCAAAGUUGGCAUUGGUCAGUGGCAUUCUGGGCACAUCUUGAGGUUGCUUGGUGGCAGUCCAGUGACAGACAGUAACACCAUUACUAAAACCGAAAUCGCUGGCCGGCAGCAGCUCUGAUUGGACGAUGUGUAAAUGUCUUUGGACGGCGGCUGUUCGUGUCAAGGGCUGCCAGCCGCCCAGUACCCGGGGGUUUAUAAAAAGAGGGUCAUUCUGCACGUCUGACAGCCACCAGACUACCAACAUUCAUGAUCAAACCAUAAAAAUCGUGCGGUGGCAUGAAAUCUAGCAGAUUGUGCGGACGCUUCCACAUCACGCGGUGGCAGUUGUGUUUGUGACCGUAGCAUGAAAGAUCCAGAACAGUGAAACAGGCUGCUUUCAAUCCUGCUGAACUUGAAUUUAGACGUGUUUGUCAUAAACUCCAGAUCAUGACAAUACAUGCUAAUGCUAAUGCUAACGGAUGAUCAAUAAUGAACCAGCUGCCUCACGGAUCACUGAUGUAUUCUGUGACUUUCUGCUGUGACGUCAACAUAAAAAUGUGAUCGCUGAAGACAUUUAACGUUGA